AUGGCCAACGCUACCGGCACUCUCGGUUCUCGCAUCUCUAGCGCAUUAAGAGCCGCUGGCCACGAGGUGACCGCUGUCCAGCGUAAGGACUCGAGCAAGUCCGCUCCAGAGGGCCUUAAAUCUAUCAAGGUCGAUUACCAGAACAAGGAGGAGUUGGUUUCAACUUUCACUGGACAGGAUGUCGUGAUCAUUGCUGUCCCUUUCCCUCUGCUCGACUCGGAAAAGAUCAUAAUCGAUGCCUGCAUUUCUGCAUCCGUCAAGCGUUUCAUCCCCUCCGAAUUCACCACCAUGCUCGAGUCCCCUCUAUCCAUCAAUCUACCAAUUGCCAAGGAGAAGGUUCUUAUUCGUCAGUACCUCACCUCCGUGAUGCCCAGUACCUCCAGCCCCACCACAUGGACCUCGGUCAAUAACGGUGCCUUCUUUGACAUGGCCCUUAAGUAUGGCGUCUUAGGCCCCAACCCUAUGGCCAAAAAAGCCAUCUUUCACGAUGGCGGUGACAAGCCGAUCGCCGUUUCGACCCUCUCUGAUAUCGCCACAGCGAUUGUCAAGCUGCUGGAGAGCCACAGCAACUUCGAGGCUGCCGCUAAUCAGCCCGUCUAUAUCUGCUCGGCUGCUGUCACAGAGCGCCAUCUGACUCAGCUUGUUUCUGAAGUCACUGGCAUUGACUUCGGUACUCCGGAAGAAGUGUCAGUGAAGGAGCUGAUCGCAAAGUCAGACGAGAAGUUGAAGCAGGGGGACAAGUCGGUAAUCAUCAACUACUACUUCCAGAUGAUGUACGGGGAAGGGUAUAAGGGUGGAGAUUUCAUGCAGUUCAACUGGAAUGAACGAUUGGGUCUGCGGAUUAUGUCUGAACAGGAGCUUAAGAGCGUCAUUCAGCAGAUCCUGGGUAACUAG